CUCUCUUUUGGUUCUAUAUUUUUCAACAAACAUCAGGAAAACCAGAUUCUAAAGAGGCAUGAUCAUGUCUAGGGAAAAAACAUGUCUUUUUUUCCCCUCUAAAGUAAAGAGAGUGGUGUCCAGUGAGAGUGCUAGGCGCAUUACCAGACAUAUGGGCCCCAUCAUCAUCACUUCCUCCACCAUCUUCCCUUCUUUUUGCCAUCUCCUCUUCCCCCCCCCCCCCCCCGAAGGAAAAGCCUUUUCUUUCUGUUAAAACUAGCUAAAUAUUCUGUUUUUUCUUCACUUGUAACCAGUUUUGAAAGUUGGGUUUCUUUCCUUGUUUGGUGAUGGAAGGUGGGUUAGUUUUACUUGGCGGUGGCGGUGGCGGUUCUUCUGGGGUCUCCACUAAUGAAUCUGCGGUGUUGUCUAAAGUGGAGGUUGUUUCUGAGGCUGAGAGCGAGUUGGAGUUGGGGUUGGGGCUGAGCCUUGGUGGUGGUGCUACAGGGAAGACCAAGGCUUCUAAUUCUUCUUGGGGAGAGUGUGGCAGAAUCUUGACUGCAAAGGACUUCUCUUCUUCAGUGGCUUCUCAAAGAACCAACAAUGGAGGUCCUUCUUCUGUUGCUGUUUCUGGGACCAAGAGAUCUGCUGAAUCUGUCUCCCAUGACAGUGGUUCCCCUACUGCUGUCAGCCAAGUUGUGGGGUGGCCACCCAUAAGAACUUGUAGGGUGAACAGCUUGGUGAACCGAGCAAAGGCACAAAGAGGUGAUGAAGAAGACAAACCCAAAGAUGAUUUGAAGAAGAAGCUCAAUCACAAUGGUAAUGAGAAAGGCCAUCUUGGGUUUGUUAAGGUGAAUAUGGAUGGGAUUCCAAUAGGAAGGAAAGUUGAUUUGAAUUCUCAUUCUUCCUAUCAGAGCUUGGCUCAGGCACUUGAAGAUAUGUUCCUUAGAUCUGCUAAUUCAGUUGAGAAGGAACCAUUAGCAAUGGCUUCUAUGCUUUUGGAUGGAUCAUCUGAAUUUGUUUUGACUUAUGAAGACAAAGAGGGAGACUGGAUGCUUGUAGGAGAUGUCCCAUGGAGGAUGUUUGUCAGCUCCGUUCGAAGGCUUCGAAUCAUGAGGACCUCUGAGGCUAAUGGACUUGGUAUGUAUGAGUAAAACAUACCCCGAGAUUCAACGAAAGCAAUGGAAGGCAAAGAAGCAAGCCCAUUUAGGCACAUCAUCGCCAUCAGGCAUUUACAAAUUAGAGAAGUUGAUGAGUUGAAUGUCGAUAUCACGCCGGAGAUUGGUUUCUCGCCACUUGUUAGAGUCAUCGUGCUCGAAUCAUUACAAUAUUCUCGCCGCUGCUUUUUUUUUGUUGGUUUUGUUUUGUUAGGUGAUAUUCAAUCUAGUUUUUCACAGUACCAUAAUCAUAUAUACAAUCCAGCAACCUUUGACUGAAAGCUGUUUUGUCAUACUGUAAAUAUGGGACUAUCUCGAAAUCUAGAGUGGUUUUAGUUUUGCUGCUCUAAAUUGCAGCUGAAGUUUUUACAUUUUUGUGAUCAUAGAAGGAAAUGCUGUGUGAUCCUGAUUUAAAAGUGUUUCAAUUC